AUGUCUCGCGGCGGUAACACCUUGUAUGUGACUGGUUUUAGCCACGGCACCCGCGCUCGCGACCUCGCCUACGAGUUCGAACGGUAUGUCAACCACGCUCACGUCCUCGCCCUCGUCCUCGCCCACGCCGCCCUCGCCCGCACCCAUGCACGCGCUCCUCUCCCCGUCGGAUAUGAGAUAUGCCCUCGAACAAUCGAUCGCUUUGCACAAGCGACCCUCUACCCGCGUCGCCGCCGUCCUCGCACUUUUCGUCCCCUCGCGAUGCCCUCGCGAUCUAGCUCCCGACUACCCACUUGCCUUGCUACGGGCGCCUUGUUCGAUGCGAUAUUCCUGCACCGCGUUCCACGUCAAGCAGACUGUGAGUUCUACAUCGGGAUUAUCCGUUUCCAUGUUCUAACCGUCGAUAGCUUUGCUUUCGUCGAGUAUGAGGAUCGCCGUGAUUCUGAUGACGCCUACCAUGAGAUGCACAACAAGCGCAUCGGUCGCGAUGACAUUUUGAAGAUUGAGUGGGCGAGAACCCCCCCAUCGGCCUCCUGGCGCUUCGAGUCCGGACGCGAUCGCGAUCGUCGCCCUGCUCGUUCCCCCCGACGUGGUAGAUCUCCAUCGCCCAGACGAAGCACUCGAGACUACUCUCCUCGAAAGGAAGACCGCCGCGAUCGGGACCGUGACUACGACCGCGAAAGCCGCAGAGACCGCGACAGAUCGCGCAGCCCUGAUAACCGGGACCGUGACCGUGAUGCCAAAGACGACCGCGAUGACCGCGACGAUCGUGACGAUCGCGAUGACCGCGACAGAAGAGAAAACGGUACCAAUGGAGACGAGAGGAAGCCGGUUGAGAGUCCUCCCCCAGCACCCGAGGAUCUUGAUGUGGCCGAGUGA